AUGCGCAUGUUCUCAAUAAGUGGGUGUGUCCAUCUGCUGAUUCAGCAACGCGGCAUUUGCCAGCUCUGCGGUUACGGCAAAGUAAACAUAACACUGGAGAAGCACAGUUAUCCAGACACUGCGGAAUAUGAGCAAGGCAUCGUUCAGAAGAGGUGCGGUGCGGCUCUCAUCAACGCUGGGCAGUGGACACACGUCUCUCCAACUGGUGGUCUCGGAGCUGAGCAACACUCGACGGAAACACAAGGACCUGCUCAAAGCGCAUACCGUCGCCUUCCACAGUGUCCACAAGUGGAGUCAGGAUGAGGGGAUAGCAGCUCUCCAGGAUGUCCUGAAGCAGGUCUCGGAGCUCUCUCUCAUGUGGGCCAAUGCACAGUCAGAGUUUAUCGGUGAGUAGAGCAUGAUGACAUAGCUAUAACCCA